GGUGUCCUGGGCAGCCAGGUAAACGAGCCUGACCCCCAGGUUGCGGGCAUGGCUUCCCCUCAUUCCGGGGACCCCAGCCCGGCUGGCCUGGCCCCUCCUCCUGUAGCUCCUCCAGGUCCCGCCGCGGCCCCGGAGCCCCCCUUCCCGGACAUCUACGGCGGGGACGCUCAGCUCUGGGCGGCGCACUUCCGCGGCAUCGGGCGCGCCUACCGCGCGCUGGGCAAGGAGGACGACUUCGCCAUCCGUGUGCUCACCGAGGACUUCACGCUGCCCUUCCCGUUCGCCUGGCCUCCGGGGCCCGACCCGGCCCGCGGGCCGCUCUUCUACGACCCGCACGACCGCGCGGGCUUCGACUUCCUGCUGCGAGGCCCGGGCGCGCCGCCCCCCGCGCUGCUGCGGCCCCUGCACGCCACGGCCCAGGCUGCGGUGCGCAAGCGGCGCCUGGAGCGCCUGGCCCUGAGCUACGCCAGCGCGGGCGCGCCCGGGCCGGGCCUGAUGCUGCUCCCGCCUGGGCCCGGCGCCGCCUUCCCGGGGCCCGCGGGGCCCGAGCCCGGCACCCCUGGCACCCCUGGCGGCGCUCCCAGGCUGGGCUAGGCCGCACCCCCAGGCCAAUAAAGAGUUUCUCUGCUUCGCCA